AUGGAAUUAGGGGCGGGAGGAGUAGCAAAUACCGUGUGGGAGUUGUACGAGAGUAAGGGGAAGAUAGGGAGUGGACGCUACGGAGCUGUGCAUGAGGCGGUUCAAAAGGCUACGGGCCAAACUGUGGCCUUGAAGGAAUUCGAGCACCCAGGUGAUGGGCAAGGCUUCACUCCUGAGAUUCUUCGCGAAGUGGCUCUUCUCAAAGACCUGAAUCAGUCCAGAUAUGUUGUAGAUCUCAUCGACGUUGAGACUCCAAGAUCAUCGGAUACAAGUAUCUAUCUCGUUUUCGAGUAUCUGGACAUGAACUUGGGCCACUACAUUAGCAAGUUUGAACCGGGAUUAAUGCCGAGACGGACCAUCAAGAUGUUUGUGUUUAGUCUCUGCAAGGGGAUGGCUCACAUUCACUCACAUUUUGUGAUACAUCGAGACCUCAAAUCUGACAAUCUUUUCGUGGAUGAAAAGCGAAUGAUCCUCAAGAUCGGAGAUCUUGGAGUUAGUCGCUCCAUUACUACCCCGCCACGGCUUUAA